CUUCUCGUGCCACGAAAGGCGAGCGAAAUCCCCACCUGCUUCCCGCUCGAACCCCCGAACUCCCCGCCGGCAUCCGCGCCUUUCGACGGUGAUGUCGGCGGCCGCCGUCGAUGGCGCUCCUCCCUCGUCGCAGCAACCCCAACGGCCCACCGUGGAAUCUGUCCUCCAACUCGCCUCCCACGACCCCUCAGCCGCGGUCCCCCUCCUACCCGCUCUCCCGCCAGACGCCCUCGCAGACCUCCUCUGCUCCCUCUGCGUUGCCUCCCCCCCGAACCACCUCUCCCUCCUCCCAGCCCUGCUCUCCCUCUCCCCAAACCCCUCGGCCGCAUCCGCUGCCUUCUCCUCCCUCCUCAACGCGCCCAGCUGGCCGUCUCCGACCCUCCUCGCCGUCGCCUCCGUCCUGCGCGACCUCCCCGUGUCUUUCCGAUCCCGCGUCCCCGACUGCCUCUCUAAGAUUCUCUCCCUCCUCCCCGGUGCCGAUGUCCAGGACCUCCCCGCACUUGCCUAUCAGCUCCUGCUCCUCGCCUCGAAGCCGCUCCACCCCCGGCUCGUCCUCGCCGGCCUCCUCCGCUUCUUCGGCGGCCGCCACGGUGCUCGCGUGCGCGCCCCGCCUUCCAUCGCACGGCAGGUCGAGGGCACCGUACUGAUGCACGUCGCCUUCGCGGUUAAGCAGGACCCUGCACUGGCAAGGGAAGUAGUAGCCGCCGUCAAGGCCAAUGCCGCGGGUGUGCUCAACGGAUUCGCGGUGGCGGUACUGCUGUCCGUAGCACGCGUGCGGAGGUUCAACGACGGCGCUGUGGCCGUGCUCCGGGACGCUGCCACUACAUCACGCCGGGAUUAUCGGAUGUCGAGGCGCUGCAAGUGGUUGCCAGAUCGCCUCAAAGAGGAAAGCGUGCAGGUUGCUCAUUGUGUUGAGAAGGCACUACUGAAAGCCGUCGCUGAGAGCAUUGGUGGGAGGGAGCAUGUUGUUCCAAGCAUUGUUCAAGUAGGUUUUCUCCUUUUAGAAGCCUCGAAUGGUGAUCCAGGGGAGGAAGAUGGUCCAGGUGAAGGGGUUAUGAGCACUGAAGAAAUAGGUGUUAAUAUGCUCAAGUCAUUGUUUGAGACCCAUGAAAUGGCACGGACUGAGAUAAUUGAACAAUGCAAGUUCCGGAUUCUCUCCGCAAAGCCCCAGCAAAGUACACCAGUUCUCUGGUUGCUUGGAUGCUUAGUUGGGAGUCAUCCAUUUCCAAUGCUAGAAUAUGUUGCACACCUGAAGGAGUUGCUGGACUAUUUUGCCUUCAUGAAUGACAAGAUAUCGACGGGUCUGAUCAAUUGCAUCUUGCCACUCACAAAGUUCAGCCGUGAUCUCAAGGAUUACAUAAUAUUGGUUGUAAGGAAGGCCAUGUUCAAGCGGGAGGAUGAUGUCCGAAUUGCUGCUACAAAUGCUAUAGUUGAGCUGAUUGUAACAGAGAACGAGUAUAGGAAAAAUGAAGCUAAUCCUUUUCAAGACUCAUCAAAUCAACCAAGCUCUAGCCAGCAACCUGAAAUACAUCGAAAGGUUGGUGUGGAACUCUUUCAAGAAUUAAGUGGAUUGCUUCGCAGAUGUCUUUCGCAACAGGCUAGAGUCAGAAAGGUCUUGUAUGAGGGUCUCAUUCGAAUUGUUACCUCCGAUCCAGAUGUUGCAGACAAUGUCCUUGAUUUUCUGUGGCCCCACUUCCUAAACUAUUACAUAGAGAAUGCAGAAUGCCCCCUUAAAAUGGAUUCAUGUUUUAAAGUUGAGAAUGCCAAAGUAUGUAUGGUGGAACCUUUGGAUUGCCUACUGUCAUGUGUCUCGUGCAUUCUUCGAGCUCAGAAAAAUAGUAAAUGUCACCGACCACGUGAUGCAUAUUGGAAGUGUUUUGGUUUUGCUCCUUCCCAGGAUAACGAGGUUGGAAAAUCCUCGUCAAGGGACUUGUUCAUGAAAGGAUUAUCAAAUAUCCAGAAGUAUUUGAGGAAAUGCCUCACAGAAGAUCAACGAGGACAGACCCAAGAAGCUGGUUCUGCUUCUUCAUCUUUGGAGAUAGUUCAGUGUCAUAACCUUUUUAUGCCUGGAAUCGUUGAGGUUUUUGUUGAUUUUGCCGCUUCAAAACUGGUGGAAGCUGCUGAUGAACCAAAGGAGAAGUUAGAAAAAGAAAUACUGGAGCUCGUUGAUGCUCACAGUGGCUUUGAGAGGAAAGCAAGCAAGAGCAGGGAGAAAGUUGCACGAAGAAGAGGGGAUUCAAGAGGUGCUACAGAUAGGCAGACUAGUGAACCUAAGGAAAAUUCAAAUGCUUCUUUGCUGAAAUUACAUGAAAAGAGGGGGGGAUUUAUGAAUUCAACUUUGUAUGAACUUGUAGUGAUGUGUGCCAAACAAUGCCAUGUUAACAAAUAUGAUAAAGGCAGCCAGCAUCCUAGCCAAUCUAAAUUGAGUCAGAGCUCUAGUCUAUUAUCCUUCGCACUGAAAGCCUGUCUUGAGAUGUUCAGAUCACUUACAGCCAAGACAAGUGAUCAGCCCAUUGGAAAUUUAAGAACACUGUAUGAAGAUGUAAAAAACUUAGCGCAGCCAAUUGUGAAGCUCAUAUGGUGGCUUAUGUUAGAUUCAGAGCAAGAGAAUGGUGGAUUCAAGAAGAAUACAACCCAAGGGAAGAAAACAGUUGAAAACAAAAAGGAUCAGUUAUAUCUGGCAUUGAAAUGCUUUAAAGAACUUUUUAAACUAAGUGUAUCAGAAGACCGUUCCAGUGACAUUAUUGAUCUUCUGAUAUCUUCGGCUCCUUCAAAUAUAGAGGAUAUGUUGGAAGCUGACCAGCUUCUUGACGAGGACACUACUGUGAUUGAGAAUCCAGAAAAAAGAGGUGUUCAUGUGUUUCUAAACAUAUUGAAGAUGUUAUAUGCCAGAACCCUUUCCCAAUCCCUUUUACGUGAGUCCGAGGCUGUAUCCGAACUGAUUUUUGGCAUAGCAAGGAAACUGCAUCCUGAUGAGAGGCAUCUUGUGGGACAUUGGGCCGCAGGCUUAUGUCGAAAGAAUACUGUCCAAAGCACAACCACCGCGCAAGAGGUGGUAAAACUUGCUGUCCAUCUUAUGACAACUCCAGAUGACAUGAUUCUUGUGCAUGAGAUGACAACAGAGUUGAAGAAAUUAAUAGCCUCUGGAGACGAGGACUCUGUAGAUUCUUCCGAGGCAUUUCUCAUUAUCAAUUGUAAAACAAAAUGUUCACUUGUUGCUGUCUUCCUUCAUAUGGUUGAGUCAUCUCUCAUUGAACUGGAAUGGGGUCUUGGUAGGCUUAAGGCAAUGCUCACAUUAGGUUAUGGUUCUUCUAAUGUCGACGAGGAUCAGCCAGCAGAUGAAAGGACACAAAGAAUGUUGUUGGAGGAAGCACUCUAUUCAAGAUCAACAUCAGUAGUUCAUGUCCUUUCGUCUUUCACACAUAUGAGCCUUAAGGAUUCUCAGGCAGAACAGUUUCUGAAACUGACUGCAAAGUUCUACAAGCUCUUGGCUCGUAUGUCGAAGUCUCAGAUUGCACCUAAGGGCUACAAGCAGUUCAUACCAGAUCUCAAAUUUCAGAAAAUGGCGGAAGUAACUUGCAGGAUGCUUACUGUUCCACUUUACAAUUUUGUCUUUACACUUCAAGAGAGUGAGCAACCACACAAAAAAGGAACCCUCGCGAAGAUUAAAAGGGAGAGCAAAUGCAUUCCCGAUCUUAUUUUCCAGGUCGAGGAUUAUGAGAAGUACCUAAUUCAGUUAAGCAAACUCACAAAGGUGAACCUUCUGAGGCAUGCCAAGCGUAGCGUAGCAAGAGAUUUUCGUAUACAACCAAAGGAGAAAGCUGCAGAAGAAGAACGUGAAGGGGAUUCUACUCCAGCAAGUGCUGCAUCACCUGAGAGUGACCUUGAGGAGGAUGCAGAAGAAGGACCCGCUGAUGAAAACCUGCAGGCCAGUGCACAACAUGAUGAUGCCGUCCAAAAUUCUGAAUCCGACGGAGAAGAGGAUGAAGUAUUAAUACACAGGAAGGGAGCUAAUGCAAACCAAAUUGUCCAAGAUUCUGAAUCCGAUGGAGAAGACGAGGAAGUAUUAGCAUGCAGGAAGAGAGCUAAGACAAACCAGAUGGUCCAAGAUUCUGAGUCUGAAGGAGAAGAGGAGCAAAUGUUAGCACGGAGGAAGAGAGCCAAGAGAAACCAAAUCGUCCAAGAUUCUGAAUCUGAUGAUGAAGAUGCUGAAGGCGAGUGAAUUUUUCUGUAGGCAGCAAUCAGAAAGCGUUAGUCUGCUCCUAGGAAAUAUAGAGCAAUACUCGUAGAUAGUUUUGAACUGUUUCUGUUGGUUAACCUGUUGAUUUUAGACGAUAUAUAAGAUGUAAUCGCAGUCAUUGUGCUCUUACUGUACUUCAUUCAGUGCCAAGAACUUCCUUUAUUGAAA